AUGGACGCGCCGCCGCCGGGCGCCGCGCCGCCGCCCACGGCGGCGCCGGACGGCGCCUUCCGCGCGCGCGUCGAGGCCUACUACCGGGAGCACAACCCGGCGCGGCUGUCGCUCGUCGACGAGAUCGUGGCCAAGUACGCGGGCCGCGAGGAGGCGCUCUGGGCCAAGCUCGCGAAGAAGUACGACGGCGCCGCGACGGCGGCCGACCGCGUCGACUUCCGGUCGCGGACCUUCGACGCGCUCGCGGCGCUGCGGACGCCCGGCGUCGCGCCGCCCGCGCCGUCGGCGCGGCCGCUGGACAACGUGCACAAGUUCCGGCCCUUCCUGCCCGCGAGCAGCGGCGAGCGCGACGACCGCGUGAAGCAGAGCGCGCACCACGCGCCGCGGCCCGAGCCCGACGCGGCCGCGUCGUCGCGCGGCGCCGAGCUGCUCGAGGCCGUGACGGACCCGCUCCGCGACGGCCCCCACGGCGUGCUCUGGCGCGCGCUCCGCGACCGCGCGGCCGUCAAGGUCGUCCUCCGCCGCGUCAACUGCAUCCGCGGCAGCUGCGUCGGCCUCCUCAAGGCCUUCGACCGCCACAUGAACCUCGUCCUCGUCGACGCCGCGGAGACGACGGUGCCGCCCAUGCGGAACCCGGACCGCGCGCGGCCCGUGACGCGCUUCCUCAAGCAGGUCCUCAUCCGCGGCGACAACGUCGUCCUCGUCUGCCGCGCGCCGAACCUCGUCGGCCACGACCGGCACCAGCAACGGAGCAAGCGCGGGCCGGGCCGAUCCGAGAAGACGGUGACCGUCCGGAAAUACCUCCGGAAGCUGUCCGACGGCGACGACGUGGAGAAGGAGAAGGAGGCGGCGCUGGAGCGGCUCUGGGCGGGGCUCAUCGAUGAGCACGGAGAACACCUGGGCCUCGGGGUCGUCGGCGGCGACGGCGCGAUGGACGAGGACGCGGCGCCCGAGGAGGCGGGGGUCCCAGCAGCAGCCCGCGGGCCCGUCGUUUCGAGCGACCGCAUCGACGAGGGCGUCGGCUCCAGCGACUCCAGCGACGAGGGCUGCGCGGGCUGCGCCAAGUGCGUGACGAAGGACGCGCUGCUCCGCGAGGCCGACAUGGAGAUUCAGAGCCUCCGCGCGAAGUUGUCGACGCCUGGGGCCGCGUGGGCCAAGACCGUCGAGGCGCUCCCGAACCGCACGCAGGGCAUGGCGAAGAAGGGUUUGGCGCUCAUGGCGCGCCUCGAGCCGACGAGCACGCCGCGCGCGAACGGCGGACCCGACGGUAGCGGAUCCGACGACGACUCCAGCGACGAUCCGGAGCCCCCCCGGCCGCGGCGCCGGGUCACAGCCGCUCGUGUCGACGAGCCAUCGGCGGGGCCGGCGACAGAGGCGAAGGCCCGUGACGUGAAUCCUGUGCUCGCGGCCCUCUUCGUGCACGGCGGAGGCGACCAGAGCCGGACCGCGGCGAUCCUCCAGGCCGUCGUCGCGCGAGCAGGGAAGCUGCUGCGACUGGACUUGAAGGAGAUCAAGGCCCUACGCGCCAUGGGCCGGGCGAUCAAGGGCUACUUCUCGCUCGCGGCCCUUCCGAACGGCGGGACGCGUCGGAAGUAUGCCCAGCAGAAGGUGGACGCGGUGAUGGAGGCUGUAACGCCGGCGGAUGGCGCUGCCAAGAACUUGCUCCGGGGCAUCUCGCGGGUCUGCUGCGGCGACAACGUGAGCCACAGCGUCAUCGGUCGCUUCUCGAACGCGGCGGAUCGACGGAAGCUACAAGACGACGCGGGCAAGCUUGCACGCCACCGCAUGCGGGCUCUGCGCUCUGAUCUCGUCGACCUCGCCUGUGCUCGUGAGUAUUGGCACCAGAACGACGACGUGCGACUCGACACUUUCGCGGGGAGGUGCACCAAGAAGGUGAAGAUCGUCACGGUCCAGGUCGACUCCGACGGGCGGAGGACGCUCGUCGUGAAGGAGGAUCACCACCAGCGCCACACGAAGCACGCGGGCGAUUUGGAGAUCUACCAGGCCUUCCUGAAGUCGGCGGGCUACGCCUCUCACCUCGCCGCCCAUCCCAGCCACAAGAUCUCCUUCACGCUCUUCAAGCGGGCCAAGUGCCCGUGCAUCGGCGAGCCGCACCAGCGCGAGUGCGCCGACGAGAUCAAGACCAGCAUGAGGGAACGACUGCUCGCUCUGAACCGCCUGCGCCUCUCGGACACUGACGUCGAGGUGAAGCUCCGCGAGUACCGGCUCCAGCCCCGGACGGUGAAAGGCGAAGACGACGAGGGCAACAGUAUCAGCUCCACCAUGGCCGUCAAGGAGCUCACGGAGGUCAUGCAUCGGAUCCACGACUCGUCGACGUGA